AUGUCAAAUACUAGUAGAUUUACAGGCCCUGAAGCGCCAUAUAGCUCAAGGACCGGACAGGAUGUUCUAGAUGACGCAAUUGCGGGUACGCAAGACAAUCAGAGUGACGUUCGGGUUCCUGAGGGCCAGGAAAAUGUGGCUGCUGGCCAAAACGGACGUGUCCGGGGCGUUUUGGGCAGACUUGGACGGGAAGAGCCCAAUGUUGUGCGCUGGCCGCCAGGGGUCCGAAGACGACAGUAUUUGCGGCUUUUCCUACGCAACCUACUGCUACUGGACCACCUUUUGAUGGUGUUUCUGUUCCCAUUUUCGGUUUACAACGUAUUGAAGAUCCUGCUUACGGAGGUCACCUUUUCAAACAGCGAUUUCGUCGCGGAUAUUGCGAGCUACUGCCAUUACUCCCGCAUCUUAAGCGACGACGGCACAUCUGUGGUGUUUUUCAAGGCCGGUUUCGGUCUGCUGGGCAAAUUCCACAACAUCAUCGUAUACUACUCGGCGCCAGUCUUCGUUUGGGCCUCUUCCAAAGCUGUUGUAGGAGCUUGGGUUCUGAAAGCCUACGUUUCCCUCAUCAAGACUGCAGCCGUUACUAUCUACAUGGCUUACGGCAUCGGAACGAGCGUCUACGUGUGUUUCGCUACUUUUUUCUUCGCACUGUGUUUCUUGAUGACAAGUUUCCGACGCUACAAAGACAUAGCAAGAAUUAUGGGUCAUUUGUACCGAACUACCGUUGGAGUAUUUUGA